GUGGGCCAGAAUGACCAUUGCUUCCAUUGCAUAGAAUCCCGUACACUCCAUCGGAACUGAAGCAUUUCCUAUUAUCCAUAUAAACGAAAUAAGAAUCCCCACAAUGCUGACGGAUGAAGAAAUCAAGCAAAAACAGGCCAGAAUCAAAGAAAAUCGGGAUCUUCGUCGGGCACUGAUUGAUGAUCGGCACAUGUAUUUGAUCAACCAAUUGGAACGGUACUUUCAAUUCGACGCGCCAACCAUAUGCGACUGGCUUUUGGACAGUCAACAACUGGAAGCCAUGCAAGACUUUUUCGAUAAAGGUCAAAGCAAAGUCUUAUUCGUGAUCUGUGCAGACACCGGCUUCACAGUUCUUAGAUCUAACACGUUUCGCAUCGUCAAAAAAAGUGCGAAAGCGAGCAAACGGCUUUACUUCCAUUUGGGCCAGCUGCCUUUUUCCGGUGAGACAGCUGUGUUCCUGCGUUUUAACAAUAAAGAAGCUAUCACUAUGAAAAACAUCCGCACAGAUGUCUUUGCCUGCAAGUUUGAAGUGAAUGAAGGAUUCCUCCAGCAGCUGCAUACAUUUAUGAAAACAUCGGUUUUGCCGUUAAUGUGGGCUCAAAGUCUGUAUUUUGGCAACUUGAAUCAUGAAGAACGGCAUGGUUACCUUGACUACGUGGAGAACUACCUGAGAAGCCUUUCGACCAUAAUUGCCUGUUCGAAAGAACGGGUUUUGCUGCCGCCUUCAAAACUGCCAGAUCAAGUGCACAAUAUGGAUGCAGAAGGAUUAAUUCAAUUGUCUCGACAUCCUGACUUCGUUAACUAUCUUGAGGAAAGCGCGUCACAUUGGAUGCGUCAAAUUGACGAAGAAGUAAAGGAAGUGGAAUUAUUGAGAGUUGAACGAGAACAAAACGGGCCUCAUGGAGAGUUCGACUUUUGGAAAGGCCGCAUGACACGCAUGAAUUCUCUGGUCAGCGAGUUACGGCGAACUGAUAUACAGAACGUUAUUGUUGCCCUGCAGAGUGUUCAUUCGAAAACCAUGGAGAAAUGGGUUGACUUGGACAAAAAGGUCACGAAUGCUUAUAACGAGGCGAAGGAAAAUGUCAAAUUCCUUUCAACGGUGGAGAAGCUGUGUGUACCACUUAACCACACAAAUCUAAAACUGAUGAUCAAGAAAAUGCCAAAUUUACUCAAGGCCCUGGGGCUUAUAUACCAGCAUUCCACAUUCUACAACACUUUUUCCAAUAUGACAGUUUUGUUUGUAAAGAUAACCAACCAGAUCAUUACAUCUUGCAAACGCUACCUAACGCUGAACAACAUCAAAUCAAUUUGGGAGCAAGAUAGCGAGCUGAUCAUCAAAAAGAUGGCCGAAUGCAUUGAAUUGAAUUUGGCCUACCAGGAGGCGUAUCGAAAUACACGGCAGGAGAUGACUGCUUCGGCAGUGAAACAACCAUUCAACUUUUCUGAAGUGCAGAUUUUCGGCAAUAUGAACUUGUUUACGCAGCGACUGGAGUACCUCACUCGUGUACUGCAAACACUUGGACAAUAUGCGACAUUGCGAGAGUUCGUAUUAGAAGGAAAAGAGCCGUUGAUUACUAGACUGGAUCGGUUGCAUUCGAUCAUCACGUCUAAAAAGUAUGACUACCUGGAUCAGCGGAACCAGUUAUUUGAGAACGACUAUGAGGAUUUCAAAGGCCGGAUAGCUGAGCUACAUGCCAACUUGCUUACUACGAUUGCUGCUUACUUCCGUAAACCGUGUGGUUUGAUCGCUCAAAUCAAGCUACAAGAACGCCUUGAAACCUUGAAGAUCCCCGAACUGGAUCACAGGGAACGAUACAGGAGUAUCUGCAAAAGCUUGCGAAACGAAGUGGUUUCUGCGGCAAAGCUUUUCAAACAUGGUAUGUCUGAUCCACCACUAGACAGGAACAUGCCACCUUUCGCAGGUCGUAUUGCCUGGGCACGUUCCCUUUACCGACGUCUAGAGGAACCGAUGAAUGCACUUGGGAAAAGAGCACCCAAAAUACUCCUCACGGAAGAGGGACAAGCGUUGGUGGCACAAUACAACGAAACGGUUGGGAGCCUUGUUGGAUAUGAGAUUACGGUGUAUCAGACAUGGAGUAAAAUGCUUCUGAGGAAGAUGGCAAGCAUGUCCUCCUCUGUGAUCAUAUUUGUCAAGGAACCGGCACCAUUUGGUAGGCCCUAUGUGAAUAUGGAUCCGGAGGUUCUCGGUCUACUUCGAGAAAUCGAAUGCCUCGACAAGUUGCAAUGUCCCAUUCCGAAAAUUGCCGAAGAGUUCUGGUUGAAGGGAGUCGGUCUGAAGGACAGCUUUGAACACCUAAAGUUACUCUGCAACGAAUAUGUUCGAAUCACAAAGAUGGUCCCACAAAAUGUGACACUGUUGGUUGCCCCAACUAUACAAUUAAUCAAUGCUGCGUUGAUGCCCGGCAUUACUCUUCAUAACUGGACCAGUUUCGGCCUAAAACCAUAUACGGAGGAAGUCUUCAGGCAACUAAACCGUUUUGAACAUAUGUUAGAUCAGGCGAAACAGAUUUAUGAGAAUCGCAUUACCGGCGUUCUCAAACGUAUCACAAACUGCCAGCUAAUCAGUCUCCCGGAAGACCCGAAUUCCCCUUUGGAAAUGAUGGAAUUGGUCUAUCAAACAAAACAACAAACAAAGAAGGUUUCAGAGGAAAUCGGCUCGCUCAGUUUGAGUGCAUUAUGUGCCGCCAUGGAAUACAUCAACGGGCUUAUGGUUGAUUACGAUGAGUUUUUGGAAAAGCAUAAUCUUGUCACAAAAAUUGAUGAAGAAAUGAAAGUGAAGCGCAUCUUGCUUGACAAAGGUCAGGGAACCAAAGUGUCCCGCAAGCCGAUAGCGUCCGUACCAGAUGCAUCAAGUAAGGGAUCUCCGGAAGACAUGACCAACGACGUGCCAAAGCAAACCGGAAGAGGUUCACCUGACGCAGCAAAAGGGACAGUAAGUGCUACUGAAUGGUCUGCUCAACCAGAAUCUCAAGUGGGCGGGCCGUCUGUUCGCACUCAGGCUACUCACACACAAACAAUGCGGACCGCGAUACAGAUCGCCAACGCUGCGGAUGACCUCAUGAGCUAUUUGGGCCAGAAAACAACUGAUGCAGUUUGCCAGGCUGUGCGAGCAGCACUGGAUCGUCUAUGGAAUAUCAUGGCGACGAGAGAAGCUGCUGUUGCACUGAAGGAUGUCCCUUUUGGUAAAGCAGUUAAAUGUGUGAAUCAUCCAGAACAAGCUCCAAUAAAAUUACUCCCCACUUCCUCCAAUGUUGUCGACGUGGAUUUGAUCAGUAACUUAUCCCAAAACUCUGGAGGCCGAGCCAGCGUUAUCGCGCCCAGUGGUUCGAGGCGCUCAGAAGUCUUACUUCCACAGAGUGCCUCCGACGAAGAAAUUCCGCAGCGUACCAGUGUUGGUGGAGUGAGCGUUGGACAUGUGAGCCUAACCUCCAUGGGGGCUGCGCCCAUCGUCGGAGUUAGCGGUUCCGUUCCCGGAAGUACGAGUCCAACUUCCACUGAAAUGGAAGGUGGAAAAUCAGGGAAAGGUUCGUCCACAUUUGAUGUGCGUGCAAUGAUGGAAUCAGACGUGAAUGAGCAGCCGGUCAACUGCUACCGCGAAGUGCACACUGAUCGUGAAGUAUACCGACUCCGGACCUUCCUUGUGACCAGCAUGCUACAAAUGAAGAAAAUUCUUUUUUCUCCCGACGGCACAAUUUACGAAGUGGACAGCCUGACGGGUUACCUAGAUCGGUAUGCUUCUUUAUGGAAAAGAGAUUUGAAUGUGGAAGUUGAGGAAUUCCUCUCGUCCUCACCGACGAUGCACGACUUUCAGACCAAAUUCGAAGAACUUGAUGAGAUUAGCAGGAAUCUGGAGGAGGAACCAAAUUAUUACGUGGUCGGGGCGAUUUACAUUUCCACAGAGGACUUCAAAUCCGUGGUUCGAAACAAUCUGAUGCAGCUGAAACAGACCUAUGUCAGGGCGUUCAUUGAGCGAUACAUUAGUUCGGUGGAGAAUAUCGGUAAUACUUUGGAAGAAUGGGAACGCAACCUUCAGAGAAAUAUUAACAGUUUGGAUGAUAUCGCUUUCAUCAUGGACACAUUGCGGGUGAUUCGCGAACGUGAGAUUGAUACUGAUUGUGAACUAAUUCAGUGUGAGGAAGCGAACGCGUUAUUGAGCAAGUUCAAUCUACCCUACCCAAAGGACAUUGGUGAUCGAGUGGAAUUAGUACGAUGCGCAUUCUUGCGCAUUAAAGAGCGUGUGUUCCAUACCACGGAUUAUAUACUGUCAAUACAAGGUGGAUACAAGGAUGGUCUAUUGGCUAGCAUUCAAGAAUUGAAGGAAUCAACGCAGAAAGGCCCUAUGGUUCCCGGACUAGCACCUCAAGAAGCGCUGGACAAACAGAUUCAGUUCAAAAACCGAUUUGACAACUUGAUUCGUAAAAUCAACACAGCGCUCAAAGGUGAACUCCUGUUCGGCUUACCUGCCUCAGACUACAGCCGGGUACAACAAAUCGGACGGGAACUGGACCUGCUUCAGCGGCUCUACGGUUUGUAUAACGAGGUCAAUCGUACAGUGGCUAGCUACUAUGAGAUUGUAUGGCAGGAAGUGGACAUGGAGAAGAUUGGAGCAGAUUUGCAAGAAUUUCAGAAUAAGUGCAAGCGACUUCCAAAGGCCUUGAAAGAGUGGCCUGCCUACACUGAUUUGGAGAAGACAAUUAACGACUUCAAUGAUAAAGUUCCACUUUUGGAGAUGAUGACAAACAAAGCCAUGAAACCGAGACACUGGCAGCGACUGGCUGAUCUGACAAAUUACAACUUUAACGUGGAGUCGGAAAACUUCACACUGAAAAAUAUGUUGGACGCUCCGUUGCUUGAUGUAAAGGACGAUGUAGAAGAUAUAUGUGUCUCUGCUGUGCGCGAAAAGGACAUCGAAGCUAAGCUGAACGUGGUGGUAGCUGAUUGGGCCAAUCAAGAAUUGAAACUCGCGCAAUUCAAAACACGGGGUGAACUAUUGCUGAAAGGGGAUCGUAUCAGUGAAAUAAUCCCAAUCCUGGAAGAUUCCCUUAUGAUAUUGAGUUCGUUGAUGAGUAAUCGCUACAACGCACCAUUCCGCAAUUCCAUUCAAGAAUGGGUUCAAAAACUGAGUACUACAAGCGAAGUUUUGGAGACAUGGAUGCGGGUGCAAAAUUUAUGGGUAUAUUUGGAGGCGGUAUUCGUGGGUGGCGAUAUCGCGAAGCAGUUGCCAUCAGAAGCCAAGCGUUUUCAAGCUGUUGAUAAGACAUGGAUUAAGGUCAUGGAGAGAGCACGUGACACACCAAACGUCAUCGCCUGUUGUGCUGGGGAUCAGUCGUUACAGGAGCAGCUUCCUAGACUUUUGAGUCAACUGGAAUUGUGCCAGAAAUCCUUGUCAGGUUAUUUGGAGAGAAAACGACUACUCUUCCCUCGGUUCUUCUUCGUAUCCGAUCCAGUUCUUUUGGAAAUCCUUGGACAGGCAUCGGACCCACAUGCCAUCCAAGCCCACUUGUUAGCCAUUUUUGACAACACAAAGCGUGUGCAGUUCGCGGAGAAGGCCUUUGAUAUAUUGGCAGCCUUUUCACAAGAAGAUGAGAAGUUGCCUAUGAUUAAACCAGUCAAAUGCGAAGGACACGUGGAACACUGGUUGCACGUUUUACUCAAAACUGGCCAAGCUUCCCUUCACAGCCUUAUUCGAAAAGCCUACUAUGAAAUCAUUGACCCAACUGUUGAUCUGACAGAGUUUUUCGAUAACCAGUUGGCCCAGAUCGGCUUGCUGGGUAUUCAAAUUUUGUGGACCAGUGAUGCGACGGAUGCAUUGAACUCAGCUCGAGUCGAUCCGAAAAUCAUGAGCAAAACGAACAAACACUUCCUGGAAAUUUUAAAUAAACUGAUUGGAGAGACAACUCGUGAACUGAACAAAACUAUGCGUACAAAGUACGAAACCCUGAUCACAAUUCACGUGCAUCAGAGGGAUAUUUUUGAUGACCUGUGUAAACAAGGGAUCAGAUCAACGAUUGAUUUCGAAUGGACAAAGCAGACGCGAACUUAUUUCAUGGAAAAGGUGGACAAGUGCGUCAUCUCCAUAACGGAUGUAGACUUUGUCUACCAGAACGAAUUCCUUGGUUGCACAGAGCGUUUGGUCAUUACUCCUCUCACGGACAGAUGUUACAUCACUCUAGCCCAAGCGUUAAAUAUGGGGCUUGGAGGUGCCCCAGCCGGACCGGCUGGGACUGGCAAGACGGAAACCACGAAAGAUAUGGGACGUUGUUUGGGCAAGUACGUUGUCGUGUUCAACUGCUCCGAUCAAAUGGACUUCCGAGGCUUGGGUAGAAUCUUUAAAGGAUUGGCACAAUCUGGUUCUUGGGGAUGCUUCGACGAAUUCAAUCGGAUCGAAUUACCCGUGUUGUCCGUUGCGGCUCAACAGAUCGCUAUUAUCUUGGCAGCCAAACGAGAGGGAAAAACAUCAUUCAUCUUUUCUGAUGGGGAUCACGUCGAGUUGAAUCCAGAAUUUGGUCUAUUCCUGACAAUGAACCCAGGAUAUGCUGGACGACAGGAACUGCCAGAAAACCUGAAGAUCAAUUUUCGAUCGGUGGCUAUGAUGGUGCCUGAUAGGCAGAUCAUUAUUCGAGUCAAACUGGCUGCCUGUGGUUUCGUGCAGAACAUUAUCUUGGCUCGCAAAUUCUAUGUGCUAUAUAAAUUAUGUGAGGAGCAGCUGACGAAGCAGGUGCAUUACGAUUUCGGUCUGCGGAAUAUAUUGUCUGUACUACGAACGCUUGGAGCCGCAAGGCGUGCGAAUCCAAAUGACUCUGAGGACCGUUCUGUUAUGCGCUGUCUGCGUGAUAUGAAUCUGAGUAAACUGGUGGACAAAGAUGAGCCUUUGUUCAUGUCACUCAUUGAUGAUCUGUUUCCGGGUAUUGUACUCGAUAAAGUCAGCUACCCUGAGCUGCAAUUGGCGAUACGAAACCAAGUCACUUCAAUGUCUCUCAUCAACCACCCGGCCUGGAAUCUGAAACUAUUCGAGACCCAACGCGUACGUCACGGCAUGAUGACUUUGGGGCCGUCAGGGGCAGGGAAAUCUUGCUGUAUAAAUGUCUUAAUGAGAGCCAUGGGUGAAUGUGGUUCACCACAUCGUGAAAUGCGGAUGAACCCGAAAGCAAUCACAGCACCGGAAAUGUUCGGCAAGUUGGACGUCGCAACCAAUGACUGGACAGAUGGGAUCUUUUCCACGUUAUGGCGCCGUUCAUUGAAGACGAAAAAGAACGAGAAUGUAUGGCUUGUGCUCGAUGGGCCAGUGGACGCUAUUUGGAUCGAGAACCUGAAUUCCGUGUUGGACGAUAACAAGACCCUCACACUGGCCAAUGGAGAUCGUAUCCCCAUGGCACCCAAUUGCAAAAUUAUCUUUGAGGUUCAUAAUAUUGACAACGCUUCGCCUGCCACGGUGUCCCGAAACGGUAUGGUAUUCAUGUCAAGUUCGGUACUGAACUGGGAUCCAAUUACAAAUGCUUGGCUUUUGAAACGACCACAGGCAGAUCGUGAGAAGCUCCACAAUUAUUUCAAGAACUCGUUCCCACAAACACAUCGCUAUGUAACUCAAAAUCUGCAACUCAAGAUGGCCUACCAUGAGGCAUUCUUGGUUCAACAAGCUUGCUCGAUCCUCGGUGGUCUUCUGCCUGGGGACAUUCAGGGGAACGAGCGCAUGCUAAGCCGAUGUUACGUAUUCAGUUUAAUGUGGUCCUUUGGUGCUCUAUUGGAAUUGGACGAUCGUGCCAAACUGGAAGCAUUCUGGCGUAAUGAACUAAAGCUGGACUUGCCCGAAAAGUAUGAGGCGAAAACCGAUACGAUAUUUGAAUAUCGUGUGGAUACCGAAGGUAAAUGGGUGCAUUGGAAGCACUCAAUUGAAGAAUACACCUACCCGAAGGAUCACACUCCCGAAUUUGCGAGCAUUCUGGUACCAAACGUGGACAACGUCCGAACUGACUACUUGAUCGAUUUGAUUGCAAAGCAAGGCAAGGCGGUUUUGCUGAUUGGUGAACCUGGUACCGCGAAAACAGUGAUGAUCAACAAGUACAUGAGUAAAUUCAAUCCCGAAACACAUGCUUCCAAGUCCGUCAGCUUCUCCUCAGCCACCACGCCCGCUUUAUUCCAGCGAACGAUCGAAAGUUUCGUAGAAAAGCGGGUUGGCACAACCUACGGUCCACCGGCUGGGAAAAAGAUGACGGUUUUCAUCGAUGAUAUCAAUAUGCCAAAGAUCAACGAAUGGGGUGACCAAAUUGCAAAUGAAAUUGUACGCCAAACUAUGGAAAUGAAUGGGUUCUACAGUCUUGAGAAGCCUGGUGAAUUCACCAAUAUUGUCGAUAUCCAGUUCCUGGCAGCCAUGAACCAUCCAGGAGGUGGACGUAAUGAUAUUCCCGAACGGUUGAAACGACAGUUUUGCACCUUCAACUGCACUUUACCCAGUGAUACUUCAAUCGACACUAUCUUCAGCGUGAUUGGAACCGGGCACUAUUGUGAAGAACGUGGUUUCUCACCAGAUGUUAUACAGUUGGUGGAAAAACUUGUUCCGCUCACCCGGGUCAUAUGGCAACAUACGAAGAAUCGGCUCUUGCCGACACCAGCCAAGUUUCACUACAUUUUCAACUUGCGUGAUCUAAGUCGCGUGUGGCAAGGCAUGCUCAAUACGAUAAGUGAGGUUAUCAUUGAUGACAGUGUGCUUCUGAUGCUUUGGAAACAUGAACUGCUCCGAGUAAUAGCCGAUCGAUUCAUAUCACCAAGCGACACGCAAUGGUUUGAAAAAUACAUCAGUUUGCUGGCAGCUGAAAUACUAUCGGAGGAGCAGCUUGCACACUUACAGACCGAAUCUUAUUUCGUUGACUUCAUGCGGGAUGCUCCAGAGUUAACGGGGGAAGAACCGGAGGACUUCGAUAUUUCGGCCCCCAAAAUAUAUGAACCAGUUGAAAGUAUCGAUGUACUUCGGGAAAGACUACUAAUGUUCAUGGCCAGUAUGAAUGAAAACAUCCGCGGCGCCAAUAUGGACUUGGUGUUUUUCAAGGACGCCAUCACACAUUUGGUGAAAAUCUCACGAGUGAUUCGAUCCCCAAGGGGUAAUGCUUUGCUUGUUGGUGUGGGUGGUUCCGGUAAAAGGUCGCUAACCCGCCUCGCCUCCUAUAUCGCGGACUAUCGAGUAUUCCAGAUUGUGCUGACCAGGUCAUACAACGUGUCCAAUCUACUUGAGGAUUUAAAGAAUCUUUACCGGACAGCUGGCAUGGAGGGCAAAGGUGUAACCUUCAUUUUCACCGAUUCUGAUGUCAAAGAUGAAGGAUUUCUCGAGUACAUAAACAAUAUUUUGGCUUCUGGAAUGAUAUCCGGCUUAUUCGCACGCGACGAAAUGGAUGAGGUCCUUGCUGCACUGGUACCGAUAAUGAAGAAAGAAUUUCCGAAACGUCCUCCGGAAAAUGAAAUCCUCAACGAAUACUUCAUGUUCCGUGUGCGCAAGAACCUGCAUGUCGUUCUGUGCUUCUCUCCUGUCGGUGAGAAAUUCCGACAGCGGGCGCUGUACUUCCCUGGAUUGAUUUCUGGUUGUACAAUCGACUGGUUCCAACGCUGGCCACAGGAUGCAUUGCUGGCUGUGGCACAACACUUUCUGGGUGAUUACGAAAUGGCCUGUAGUCCGAACACUCGCAACGCCCUGAUCACCCUAAUUGCCGAUGUGCACGAUGACGUGACUGCACGUUGUGCAGCCUAUUUCGAGCGUUAUCGUCGUACCGCUAACGUAACACCAAAAUCGUACAUUUCUUUCAUUCAUGGUUACAAGAAAGUCUACCACGAACAGGUGGAGCAAGUAAACACGCACAUUUCUCGACUGGGUUCAGGGCUGCAGAAACUGAUGGAGGCUCAGGAAUCGAUUUCAAAACUAAGUGUGGAAUUAUCAAACAAGGAAAAGGAGCUGGAAGUUGCUAACCGUGAAGCCGAAGCUGUCCUGGUAAACGUGACACAACAAACGCAGGCCGCCGAACAGGUAAAAAAUAAGGUUUUAACGGUGAAAGACAAGUGUCUGGCCAUUGUUGAACACAUAAGGAAAGAAAGGGCCGUAGCCGAAGACAAACUGGAAGCAGCUCGUCCAGCAUUAGAAGAGGCAGAAGAGGCACUUAACACGAUCAAACCGGGCGAUAUAUCCACGGUGCGAAAGUUAGCCAAGCCUCCUCACUUGAUCCAACGUAUUAUGGACUGUGUUCUUUUGUUGUUCAAACGAAAAGUUGAUCCUGUCAAAAAAGAUCCCGAGCGACCGGGUUCCAUCAAAACGUCAUGGACCGAGGCACUCAAACUGAUGGCAGCCAGCACAUUCCUAAACAAUUUACUAUACUUUCCACGUGAUUUAAUCAAUGAAGAAACAGUGGAUUUGAUCCAACCCUAUCUGGAACAAGAAGAUUAUAAUCUGGAAGCAGCCAAAAAGGUUUGUGGCAACGUCGCCGGUUUGUGUUCCUGGACCUUGGCUAUGGAAAAGUUUUACUGGGUGAACAAAGAAGUUAUUCCACUGAAAGACAACUUGGCGAAAAUGGAAAGUAAACUGAACUUAGCCAACAAAGAUCUGGCACAAGCAGAAACUCUUCUGGCUGAGAAGGAGGCUCUGCUCAACACAGUUCGCGAACAAUACGAGGCUGCGAUGCGUCGCAAACAGGAGUUGGCCGAUGAUGCAGACACAUGUAGGCGUAGGAUGACCACAGCCACUAUGCUGAUUGAGGGUCUUUCCGGUGAAAAGGUUCGUUGGAGUGAAGAAACGUUGGCUUUGAAGGAGCAGGUUAAUCGCUUGAUAGGCGAUGCACUCAUUGGAACGGCGUUCCUUUCGUACAGCGGACCGUUUAACCAAGACUUCCGAAAUCGUCUUAUGGGGAACUGGUACAAAGAACUAAAUGGUCGUCAAAUACCUCACACAGUCAAUUUGGAUCUAAUCAAUAUGCUUACUGAAGGACCUGUGGUGAGUGAAUGGAAUUUGGAGGGCUUGCCCAGUGACGAUCUAUCCGUGCAGAAUGCCAUUAUUGUUACGCAAGCUUCACGAUACCCUCUACUUAUCGACCCUCAGUCACAGGGUAAGAACUGGAUCAAACGUCACGAGAUGGCCAACGAUCUGAUGGUUACAACCAUGAAUCACAAAUACUUCCGAACGCAUUUGGAAGAUUCUCUCUCGCAGGGUAGACCACUUCUGAUCGAAGAUAUUGGCGAGGAGAUAGAUCCUUCGUUGGACGAAGUCUUGGAGAAAAACUUCCUAAAGUCGGGGACAGGAUUGAAAGUUAAAGUGGGCGACAAAGAAAUAGAUCUUCAGAAAGGUUUCACGCUCUAUUUUACCACCAAGCUACCAAAUCCUGCCUAUCCACCCGAGAUCGCAGCCCGAACCUCAAUAAUCGAUUUUACUGUCACAUCCCAAGGACUUGAGGACCAGCUCCUGGCGCGGGACUUGGAGGCACAAAGAGUCACACUCAUCGCAAACACAACCGCUAACCGUCGACGCAUUCUGGAACUGGAAAAUAGCCUUUUAUAUCGCUUAGCUAACACGGAAGGUUCACUAGUUGACGAUCAAGGACUGGUGGAUGUACUUCAAACCACAAAAUCGACUGCCAUCGAAGUUGCACACCAACUCACUCUGGCGCAAGACACCGAGGCUGAAAUAACGGCUGCUCGCGAAGAGUUCCGACCCGUUGCGGCAAGAGGAUCAUUGCUAUACUUUUUUAUUACGGAACUCAGUGGUGUCAAUCCAAUGUAUCAUACGGGUCUGAACCGGUUUUUGCGCCUCUUUGAUAAGUCCAUGGCUUCGUCCGAAUCAUGUCCAGUCACUUCCAAGCGCGUUCAGAAUAUUAUCAACUAUAUGACACGAUCAGUAUGGGCGUUCACCGUGCGUGGCAUGUUCAAAAUGGAUCGGACCAUGACAACGCUACUGCUCACAUUGCGAAUCGAUUUACAGAGGAAAAAUAUACGCCAAGAAGAAUUUAUCACCUUCAUCCAGGGAGGCUCAGCUCUGGACUUGAAACUAGCACCACCAAAACCUGGCAAAUGGGUCACUGACAUGACGUGGCUAAACCUGGUCGCACUGUCAAAACUGAAUGAGUUCGCCAAUAUAAUUCAGCAAGUUCUUGGUUCUGAACGGGCCUGGCGCCAAUGGUUUGAUAAGGAAGCCCCGGAAGAGGAACUUAUUCCUUGUGGUUACGAGCAUUCCCUCGAUGUUUUCCGCCGUUUGUUACUGAUUAGGUCAUGGUGUCCCGAUCGGACGAUGCAACAGGCACGAAAAUAUAUCACCCAUAACUUGGGUGCGGCAUUUUGUGAAGAUGUUGCAGCUAACAUGGAACAGAUUGUGUUGGAGUCGGAUCCACGUACUCCACUAGUCGGCCUUCUAAGUAUGGGCGCAGAUCCUACUCCAUUUAUCGAACAAGCUGCACGUCGUGCCAAAGUUGAGAUCAAUGCCGUCUCUAUGGGCCAGGGACAAGAGAUCCACGCCCGCCGUCUGGUCAAACAAGCGAUGCACGAAGGUCAAUGGGUUCUAUUGCAAAACUGUCACUUAUGCUUAAACUAUGUAGAAGAACUGUUACUUCUGCUCUCUGGAGAAAUUAGUGCCGGUGGUACGGGUGGUAGCGGUGGUGGUGGCAGUGCAGCGGCUGCGCAGGGAGGUGCUGGUGGUGCGUCUGGAGCGGUCGGAGCCGAAGGACCAGAAGGAGGACCUGGAGGUGUUGUGGGUGGUCCAGAGGGUGGAGUUGGAGGCGGUCAAAUGCUCCCUGGAGGUUUCCAUGAGCGCUUUCGUCUCUGGGUGACAACAGAAGAACACAAAAAUUUCCCGAUCACUUUCCUUCAAAUAGCCAUAAAGUUUACCAAUGAACCACCAGAGGGGAUAAAGGCUAACUUGUCACGCACCUACACUGAAGUCACACAGGAUUUUCUGGACACCUGUGUGACCGUGCAUUGGAAGAUAAUGCUCUAUGCUCUGGCAUUUCUACACUGUACCGUCCAGGAAAGACGUAAAUUCGGUCCCUUGGGUUGGAGCAUUCCAUAUGAAUUCAACCAGUCAGAUUUCAAUGCUAGUGUACGGUUCAUACAGAAUCACUUGGAUAGUUUGGAAUUCAAAAAGGCACAAAAAGUCAGCGGUAUUGACUGGAAAUGCGUGCGAUACAUGAUUGCUGAAAUUCAAUACGGCGGCAGAGUGACUGAUGAUUUUGACCUGCGCUUGCUUAUCACCAUCACUCGGACCUAUUUCCAAGAACGCAUGUUCGCACCGGAAUUCGAACUGACCACCAAUUACCCGAUUCCACGAUUUUCCUCUCCUAACGAAUAUCUGAAUUACAUUGCCAAUGAUCUACCACAACGAGAUUCCCCAGAAGCUCUGGGACUGCAUUCAAAUGCAGAAAUAACCUACUCGGCCCAAUGUACAAGUUAUAUUCUGUCAACUAUUGUAUCUAUUCAACCGAAAGAGACCGCUGCAGACUCUGGGGAAGAGAGUGGUGGUGCUGGUAAGCCAGCUGUGGUGGAAACACGUGAGGCAGUUGUGCAUCGAAUGUGCACCGAUAUGUUGUCUAAACUACCGCCAACUUACGUUCCGUAUCAAGUGGCCGAGCAAAUCGAAGCACUAGGCGCAUUGAAACCAAUGACCAUUUUCCUAAGACAGGAAGUGGAUCGUAUUAAUAAGGUGAUUGCGCUGGUUGGAAGUACGCUGACGGAUCUACGGCUGGCCAUCGACGGUACAGUGGUUAUGAAUGAUACUCUGAAAGACGCACUGGAUUGCAUCUACGACGCUCGAGUACCGGCUGUUUGGACCAGGAGUUCGUGGGACUCAUCUACCCUUGGUUUCUGGUAUACGGAACUGAUCGAGCGAAACGCCCAAUUCAGUUCUUGGCUGGAGAAUGGACGACCCGUUUGCUUUUGGAUGACUGGGUUCUUCAAUCCUCAAGGGUUCUUGACCGCCAUGCGGCAAGAAGUGAGCAGAAUGCACGAAGGUUGGUCAUUGGACAGUGUGGUUCUGGCCAGUAAGAUGACUCGAGCUAACGCGGAAGAUCUGAAGGACCCGCCGUCCGAAGGUGGUGUUUAUGUGUACGGUUUGUUCCUCGAAGGAGCAGCAUGGGAUCGACGAACAUCCCGAUUGGUCGAACCAAAGCCGAAAAUUCUAUAUGACAUCAUGUCAGUGAUAAAUAUUUAUGCGGUUCAAGAGGCUCAGACCACAAAAAGACAAGGCGCUGGUGAAUCCAAAGGAGACGCUCAGAGACAAUACUAUUCAUGUCCAAUCUACCGAAAAAAAGCCGAAAUAUAUGACAUCAUGUCAGUGAUAAAUAUCUAUGCGGUUCAAGAGGCUCAGACCACAAAAAGACAAGGCGGUGGUGAAACAAACAAAGACGCUCAGAGACAAUACUAUUCAUGUCCAAUCUACCGAAAACCACGGCGAAAC